GCUCAGCCCGCGCCAACCCGUCCCGACGCGGAACGACCGUCUUCCUCGACACCGCGCUGAUGCAGGCAAAGUUCUUGGCCGAUGCUGCGAAGCUCCCAAAGCGCACGCCCGCAGGUUUCUCUCUCUUCGCCUCGCUGCCCACAAGCAUUCCGGCGGGUGGCAAGGGCGUGGUGAAGACCGGCCUGGCCAUUGCCAUUCCUGAGGAGACCUACGCGCGGGUGGCCCCGCUGAGUCGAUGGGCCGAGCGCAUGAUCCAGACCGGCGCUGGAGUGGUGGACUACGACUACCGCGGGGAGGUGGGUGUGGUUCUCUUCAAUCAUGGACCGGAGGAGCUCUCAGUCACUGCCGGCGACGAAGUGGCGUAUCUCAUUCUCGAGAAGAUUUCCAUGGCCGGAUGCCGAGAGGUUGAGUCCUUGGACGAGACCUUGCGUGGCACUGGUGGCUUCGGAAGCACGGGCAUCUCUGGUGAGGCGCCGGCCAAGCGUCAGCGAAGCGAAGCGCAGGAGUUGCCUUUGCAGCGUGGAGAGGAGAUGCUGGUGAAGCGCUCGACAUCCACUGCGGUCCUGCCGGUCCGCGGUUCUGCUGCAGCUGCAGGCUUUGACCUUGCAGCCGCUGAGGCCACGGUGAUCCCUGCUGGUGGCAAGGGCAUUGUGAAGACUGGGCUUUCGAUUGCCAUUCCAGAGGGGACGUAUGCAAGGGUGGCUCCUCGUUCUGGCCUUGCUGUCAAGAAGAUGAUUCAUGCAGGAGCUGGGGUUGUGGACUACGACUACCGCGGGGAGGUGGGCGUGGUCCUCUUCAACCACGGUGCUGAGGACUUUGCUGUGGCCACUGGUGAUCGCGUAGCGCAGCUGAUUCUCGAGAAAAUCAGCAUGACAACUUGCCGAGAAGUCGAGUCCUUCGAGGAAGCUACUCAUGGACUGGAGGAGAUGCUGGUGAAGCGCCUCACGCCCUCGGCUGUGCUUCCGGCUCGUGGAUCCAAAGCAGCUGCAGGUUUCGACCUCGCGGCCGCAGAGGCUACUGUCAUCCCUGCGGGUGGUCAGGGCCUGGUGAAGACUGGGAUUUCCAUCGCCAUUCCAGAGGGAACAUAUGCAAGGGUGGCUCCUCGUUCUGGCCUUGCAGUGAAGAAGAUGAUUCACACCGGAGCUGGUGUAGUGCACCACGCCCACCGCGGGGAGGUGGGUGUGGUCCUCUUCAACCACGGUGCAGAGGACUUCGCCGUGUCCGUGGGCGAUCGCGUGGCGCAACUGAUCCUCCAGCAGAUCUCUUUGGUCGACUGCCAAGAAGUGGCGUCGCUGGACGAGACGCUGCGCGGCGCGGGCGGCUUUGGCUCCACCGGUGUGGCCACCACCGCUGUGCCAAAGCAGGAGCCUGAGGCGCCUCAGCCACCGGUCGGUCGUGCUGGUGCGUAACGACCCGGUACGUCAGUUGUGAUGUGAGAUUCUGGAGAUUCCAAGAAUCAGGGGGUCAUUGAUCAAAGUCGACGUCUGACUUUGCGGGAAAAAAACAAGGUCGACGAGUUCAUCCG